ACUCUUGAGUGUCAGUUCAGCAAUCCCAGUUCAAACUAGCGUAAACAGUAAAGGAAAUGGUUUGUCACUGAAACCUGAAAAAUACAGAUGUGCAGCAUGUUUCGAACCCGUCGCUCUCUAUUCUCUGCCUUCUUCCCUGUAUUAGCUUUGUCCUCAUGCUGGCUUAUGGAGACGUGGCUGUAGCCGAUCCAGACCUCUCAUCUAUAUGACACAUGGACACCUCCAACCAUCGAACCAGAGACGUGAGCUUCACACUGAUGAAGCCAACCUCAGGUCUCACACCAUCCUUGAACCAGUCACAGUGGCCCUACCCCAUUGACUCCAAGAGAAGGCAGGUUGGGAUGCUGGGGGAAACCCAACAUUGUCCACUGUAAAGUCAUUUAUAAGAUACUACUAUGUUUAUAAAGAAAACAAACAUAUUGUACUAGUUAGUCCAUUUUUUAACUCUCUUUGAAACUAAUGCUGCCUGUGUUUUUAUUAAGAUAGCCCUAUGCCACCAAACUCAACAAGGGUGGUUUGGUUCCUGCCUCAAAAAUACAAAACCCUAGGGUUAUGGUCAUAAUAUUUGGGUCCCCAGCAUCUCGUUUCUUCCUAGCAGCAUCAAGGUCAACACUUUAGAAACUGACGAGUCUUAACUGCCUGCAUUAUACUAGAUCUAGUGACCCUAUCUGGAAACUGCUCUUGGCUUUCCAGCACUGGGAUUGGUUAUCCUCUGAGGGAUACAUAUCCUCUUAUGUAUCCCUACAGAUGGAAUAGUAGAAAUUUUCUAAUACUUAUUUCCUUAUGAGGAAACUUUUCUGGUUUUCAGCUCAAGGUAACAGCUGCCAUCUAUAAAGUGAAUUGUGUGUUUAUGUACAAAGAAGCCCACGUAAUAUUAUUUGGGCUACCCAUAAUGUGGUGUAGGAGAGCUCAGAAAUAUGAUGACCUCCUAAUUACCGAUAAUUGGAUUCUCUUUGUAAAAUCUAAAACAAAUGAAAGUAAAAAGCAGAGGUCCGCUUUUAACCUGCAAGGCCUCACAAAGAAAGCCUUAAGCUUUUAUUGAAAUCAAGCUGAGCCAUUAAUGCUGGAAAAUCUGGCAAAGAGGGUUUUAUUCCUAUUUGAAGUCUGUGCAGACUCUUAGAUUGGCUGGUUGUUAUAAUUCCACACACUCUAGCGCAGUGAUUUUUAGGUCUUAUAGUUGCCAUUACAUACUUAAACAUUCCUGUCAUGCCUAACACUUGUUUCCUGAAAUGAACUUUCAUUCAACGCUGAAACAAGUGCCAUUGCUCAUUGAGACACAGUGAGAAUGGAGAUGGAGAAAUUUCAUCGAGAUUUGAUAGGGUUACAGAAAUGUAGAAAAUUUACAACCUCUAUAGCUGACAAAUUAUGCUUUCAUGUGAUUGAAAUAAUCACCUCUCUUCCUCUCUUAACUCCUAGCACUGACUUUCCUACCAUCAUUUAUUCUUAUUGCUUACAGCUAAUAGCCAAGUAAGAACUACAGAAGGGAUGGGGCCUGGAGAUCUGCUCUUCGCGUGAGGGUUGCUGACUCUAGAAUGCCCUUCUUUAAAUCCAAACAGCUCUUUAACUCCCUUGAAAUACCCUGUUACCAUUCCUCUGGGCAAGGUGAAGACGAGCUUAAAGAGACUUCUGAUUAGACCAGUGCUUUUUAAGGGCGGAAGUGAGUCCAUCUACGCCAUGAGGAAGUCAGGAACCAAGAGAAGCUGAGCAAGGAGUGGGGAUAGAGACACAGGCUGGCUUUGGGGUCCUUUCUAAGUUUAGGAUGAGUUAGUUCUGAGUUUCAAGUAUUGUAAAUUCUCAGGUCAGCAGACAUUUGGUUGUGCUUUGCAAAGCACUGUUUUGAGUUGUUUGCCCCGUAGCAAAAGUUUGCACAGAACUUUAAUGGACUUCUUUUCUCGGCCAUCCUGUAUGGUUUUGUGGCCAUUAAACAUGUGGGUGUGUUUCUUUGGGAGGGUGCACAUAACAUUUUCAAUGAUGCAUCUCCUCAGAGAGAAGGCUACCUGCUGCCCCUGCCUCCUUUGCUUGCCGGCCAGCUGUAUUUGGUAACUGGAAAUGUAUUUGCAAAACAUGCCAGCUUAUCACCUCUCUCUCCAUUCACCUUGGAAGGGAGGACUUUCCAGCCCUCCUAGAAAAAUCUCUGCUGCUGAUUAGGUUAAUGUUGUCAGUAGUUAAUAAUUUACUGUUUAUGCAAUCAAUGGCAUUAUUUUUAGACACAAAAGUGGUUGUCUUAAACUCUGUUUGGAGUGGAUAAUAUUUAUUUACAAAUACUUCUUAGUACUAACGCUCCAUAUUUAAAUUACAGAGAAUUUUUUUCUUACAAGAAAACAUUCUUUUCUCUCCCUCAGGAGUGUUACAGGACAUCUCUGUUGCUUUGUGAGUAAUCAGACAUGCAAAUAGCCCCACAAGAAUCAAGCUAAAUUUAAAGAAGACUUACUUAGCAACAUUGAAAAGUGUAUCAUGGAGUUCAAGGCUGAGGAAAAAGAAAAAUACCAACAUAGCUUGAAUUUACUGAAUAAAGUUAAGAACAUGAAAGAAUUAGCAGAAAUGAUUGACGUAGUACUCAUAGCAGAAGGGGAGAAAUUUCCUUGCCACAGGCUGGUCCUGGCUGCAUUUAGUCCUUAUUUCAAAGCUAUGUUCACUUGUGGACUGCUUGAAUGUACUCAAAGGGAAGUCAUACUUCAUGACAUUACAGCAGAAAGUGUGUCAGUGAUAUUGAACUACAUGUACAAUGCGGCUUUGGAGAUCAACAAUGCCAAUGUACAGACCGUAGCUAUGGCUGCCUACUUUAUGCAGAUGGAAGAAAUCUUUAGUGUGUGUCAAAAAUACAUGAUGGACCAUAUGGAUGCCUCGAACUGUGUAGGUAUCUAUUAUUUUGCAAAGCAGAUUGGAGCUGAAGAUUUAUCCGAUCAAUCAAAGAAAUAUUUAUAUCAGCACUUUGCUGAGGUGAGCUUACAUGAAGAAAUACUAGAAAUCGGAGCACACCAAUUUCUGACGCUUAUUAAAUCGGAUGACUUGAACAUAUCCAGGGAGGAGAGCAUCCUGGACUUAGUCCUGAGAUGGGUAAAUCAUAACCAAGAAUUGCGCACAGAACAUCUUGUUGAGCUUUUGAAGCAGGUCAGAUUGGAACUUAUAAAUCCUUCUUUUUUAAGACAAGCCCUAAAAAGGAACACAAUGCUUCUGUGUGAUGCAGCUUGCAUUGACAUCAUUCAAAACGCAUUCAAAGCCAUCAAGACACCCCAGCAGCACUCUCUAAAUCUUCGUUAUGGCAUGGAGACUACUAGUCUUUUGCUUUGCAUUGGCAACAAUUCUUCAGGAAUCAGGUCAAGACACAGGAACUAUGGGGAGGCCAGUUUUUGUUAUGAUCCCGCUUCACGGAAGACCUAUUUCAUUUCAUCUCCCAAGUAUGGAGAGGGUUUGGGAACCGUGUGUGCUGGUGUCGUCACGGAAAACAACACUAUAAUUGUGGCCGGAGAAGCAAGUGCCUCCAAACUCGCUAGACAAAAGAACAAGAAUGUUGAAAUCUAUAGGUAUCAUGACAGAGGGAACCAGUUUUGGGAGAAGUUAUGCACAGCUGAAUUUCGAGAGCUCUACGCUCUGGGCUGUGUCUGUAAUGACCUCUAUGUUAUAGGAGGACAGAUGAAAGUCAAAAACCAGUAUCUCAUCACAAACUGUGUCGAUAAAUACUCAAUAGAACGGGACAGUUGGAGAAGGGUGUCUCCCCUUCCACUGCAGUUGGCGUGCCAUGCCGUAGUCACGGUGAAUAAUAAACUUUACGUGAUCGGAGGCUGGACCCCUCAGAUGGAUCUUCCUGAUGAAGAACCAGAUCGACUAAGCAACCGACUGUUGCAGUAUGACCCCAGCCAAGAUCAAUGGACAGAGCGGGCGCCCAUGAAGUUCUCUAAGUACCGAUUCAGUACAGCCGUAGUCAACAGUGAGAUUUAUGUUUUGGGUGGAAUUGGCUGUGUAGGUCGAGACAAAGGCCAGGUUCGAAAGUGCCUCGAUGUGGUAGAGAUCUAUAACCCUGAUGGGGACUUCUGGAGAGAGGGCCCACCUAUGCCAAGUCCCCUGCUCUCCCUUCGAACCAAUUCUACCAACGCAGGAGCAGUGGAUGGGAAGCUCUAUGUCUGCGGGGGAUUCCACGGAGCAGAUCGACAUGAAGUUAUCUCCAAAGAAAUACUGGAGCUAGACCCAUGGGAAAACCAGUGGAAUGUUGUAGCCAUUGAUGUCCUCAUGCAUGACAGUUACGAUGUCUGCCUGGUGGCCAGGAUGAACCCCCGAGACCUCAUCCCCCCACCUUCAGAUUUGGUGGAAGAAGGCAGUGAGCACUGAAGUCAGUGUUUGCUGUAGGACCUCCUGCUACAUCUGCACAGGAGGCAUUAGGAAUGGAGAGAGCCACAGGCCCCAGCCAGUCACCCUGGACAUGUGUGUUGCAGGCAUAGCGGUCCAUGUGCAUAGCAGCGUGUGCUUGGUGCUGUGAUAGGGAGUGAGCAGAGUGUGUGCUCAGGGACCUCCAGUCGGCUAGGAUGGACAAGACAUUACAAGGCCAAGUGUGGCGACAGCACAGGAAGAACACAGGGUGGGUGCCAUAGGAAUCGGGUGAUGGAGGGACCUCAUGCUGCUGGGACUCAAGGACUGCACUGUCAAGGAGCAGGCCUUUCACCAGGGCCUCGGAGGAUGAGGAAGAAGCAGUCCCAUGGGUGCAGCUGAUGGGGACAUCACAGAAACAGCUGAGCAAAGGCCCAGAGCUGGGUCAGGUUGCCGGGGCCAUAGGCUCUGCUACUAAGGUUGGAAAAGAAGGUUGCAGAUAAGUGACCAACACCUGGAAAAGCAAGGACUGUGGACCUGGUGUCUGAGCAGGGGAAUUAUCUCAACAUCCUGUGAUGUUAAAGGAAGACUUCUCUCUCUGCUCUGUUCUGGUUUCAGUCUUACAAAGGCUUUCUAUUCUCGUGUAUGAUACUCUUCUACUGCAACGACAUUGCCCAAAACGGGGCUAGCGGUGGACCACAAGUUGCCAACAGCUCAGGCACUCAAGCCCAACCACAGUGAGCAGAGAGGAACUCCACCCUGGGCCAGGGCAGUGCCAGGGACAGAGAUGGGGAGCCCUGCUACCCUGGCCCACUCAGGUUGGCACAGUGCCCUGGACGAGACUUAUCCAAGCUGCCCUUGGUCGGCUCUCAAGUGCAUAUGACCUUCUGGACACUGGCCCUGGCUGCAUGCAACUGGCCUAGGCCACCCAUAGUCCAGGCCCUGGAGUGAAGGAGAGAGGAAGCAUAUCCUUUUGGCUACCUGCCGCCUGCCCUCUUACCCAGCCUUUGCAAUAUCUUCCCCAAGACUGGAAGGUAGGGAUGGAGCUGCCUGCUUCAGCCCCCGGUUGAGCAUCAUCAGAAAACAGGCACUCCCAAAAUAUGCUUUAGGGCUGACAUGUAAAUGACACGUGGGAAAUCCAUCUAUUUUCCUGGCCAUCCAUACUCUU